AUGGCGCUCUCGGCAGCUCAACCAAGUCCCUUACCCAACAUGGGUGCUAACGUCAACUGCGAUGGCAAAGGUGUCAGCUUUCGUGUUUGGGCUCCUCAUGCCGACCAGGUUUACGUGGCAGGCAACUUCACAAAUCCUAUGUGGAACGAAGGUAAAAUUCCACUGGCUCGUGAAGGAAAUGAGUCAGGUUAUUGGUCAGCCCUUGUUCCCGAGGCGAAAGAGCAUGAUCACUAUAAAUUUGUCAUUUCGUGCAAGGAUCAGCCUGAUCUCUGGAAACUAGAUCCUUACUGCCGUUAUAAUACGAGCAAUGUUGACCGAAAGGACGGUUCGUCUCGUCAGAACGAAUGUGUCAUUGUCAAUCCCGAUCUGUUCAGUUGGGACGAGAAAAAAUUUACGAUGCCUUCGUGGAAUGAGCUCGUGAUAUAUGAGUUACAUAUCGGUACGUUCAGCAAUAAUGGGAAAACUGCUCAACGAUUUCUCGAUGCCAUCGAGAAAUUGGACUAUCUAGUUGAACUGGGUAUCAAUGCUAUUGAGAUCAUGCCUUGUACAGAAUUUGAAACGAAUACAUCGAUGGGAUACAAUCCUGCCCUCUUGUUUGCCAUUGAAGGUGACUAUGGAAAGGAGCGCGGUGUCCAGCGAUUUGUCAACGAGGCUAACCACCGAGGAAUUGCUGUCAUAGUUGACGUAGUUUACAACCAUUUGGGCCCGGAUAAUUUGAAUGAUUGUUUCUGGCGUUUUGACGGAUGGCACGAAAAUAUCGAUGGUGGCAUCUAUUUCUAUCAGGACGAUCGAGCUCAAACCGAUUUUGGAGCCACUCGGCCAAACUACGGGCGACCUGAAGUACGGCAAAUGUUAAGAGACAAUGCCAUGAUGUGGCUUCAUGAAUAUCAUGUCGAUGGGCUUCGUUUCGAUUCGACUGUUAAUAUACGGCGAUCAACACAAGGUGACUUGCCCGAUGGUUGGCAGUUGAUGCAAUGGAUCAAUAAAGAUAAACGUCCAGAAAAUUUUACGAUUGCUGAAGAUCUCGAGGAUAAUGAAUGGAUUACAAAGAAGCUGGAAGAUGGAGGUGCCGGCUUUGGUUCUCAAUGGGAUCCCGGUUUUUACAACGUGAUUCGUAAUGCCGUUGUACCAAUGAACGACGAAUCACGAUCGAUAGCAUCUAUCCAAGCUGCUCUUAACAAGCGCUACAAUGGAGAUGCAUUUCAACGUGUUAUAUAUUCUGAAUCGCACGAUGAAGUGACGGAACAUUUUGGGAUCAAGUUGGGUCGUAUGCCUGAGAAAAUCUGGCAAGGUAAUGCUGAUUCUUGGGCUAGUCGAAAACGGUCGACACUAGCCGCUGCCAUCGUCUUGACCGCGCCCGGUGUGCCUAUGCUCUUUCAGGUAUGA